CUGUCAGUGAGCGACAACCGACCAUUCCCUCUUCAAGAAAGCCUCAGACUAAGAGAUCAUUGAGCAGUCUCCUUGAAACCAUGGAUAGCACACUGGAGAAUGAUCAGAGUUGGAUCCCCAAGGUGAUCAAGAAGAAAAUCUGUUCCACCUUCCUCGAGGAUACAACUGCCCAAAGCAAACACCAGCUCUGCCAAUGUGGCUAUCCCAAGACUUGCCACAACCAGGUGGCAAUGGAGGACAACUUCGGGGCUGCUGUGGUCAGCAGGUGGAACGCGGUUGAUCACACGACGGAGGAGCCGACCGAUGCGUUUGGCGACGUGGAGUUUUUCAGGAAAGGCAGGAGGCAAGGCAAGUUUGUCCGACUGUCUUCAGACACUGAACCCGCCAUCGUCUACACCCUGAUCACCCAGUUCUGGGGGAUCCCGCCUCCCAACCUGGUGGUGUCCGUUGUCGGGGGGGAACGGAGCUUAAAGAUGAAGACCUGGCUGAAGGACAUUCUCCGCCGGGGGCUGGUCAAAGCUGCACAGAGUACAGGAGCAUGGAUUAUGACGAGUGGACUGCAAGUUGGCAUUGGCAAGUACGUUGGUCAGGCGGUGCGUGACCAUGCUACAGCAAACACACGGUCAACUGCCAAGGUGGUUGCCAUGGGGAUAGCACCGUGGGGAAUAGUAUACGAGAAAGAGCGUCUGGUGAACCCCAAGGGCUCCUUCCCUGUUGAGUACACAAUAAGUAGUGACAAAGAGGAAGAGCACACGCUGGAUGAUAAUUACUCUGCCUUCCUGCUGGUGGACGAUGGCACGAACAAUCGGAUGGGAGGAGAAAUUCAGUUCCAAGCACAAUUGGAGCAACAUAUAUUGACACAGAGGACAGGAAUCGGAGGGAGAGGAAGCAUUGAGAUUCCUGUGCUGUGCAUGCUGAUCCAAGGGGGGCCCAACAUGCUGGAGAGAAUUUACAAAGCUACGACAAACAACAUCCCAUGGCUCAUCCUGUCGGGGACGGGAGGGCUGGCGGACAUCUUGGCUGAGGUCAUAGUGGAAUCCUUCACGCCGGAAACCCUGAAGAAGGAAGUGGAAGUGCAGAUCCAAAAGCAUUUCCCUUCCGAAGACAUCCAGAGGCUGGUCGAGCUGGUGGAGAGGAUUUUUCAAAACAAGCACUUAAUAACUGUCUAUAGGGCAGAUCUGGAUGGGACGGAAGAAUUCGAUACAAUGAUUUUGAAGGCACUCUUCAAAGCCUGUAAGAAGGAGAGAAUUGAUGCCCAGAGUUACCUCGAUGAGCUAAAACUGGCAGUGGCAUGGAGCCGAGUGGAUAUUGCCAAAAGCCAGCUAUUUAAUGGAGAAAUCGAGUGGAAGUCUAGUGACCUGGAGGACCCCAUGACCGCUGCCCUGGUGAACAACAAGCCGGAGUUUGUGAAGCUGUUCAUUGACAAUGGGUUAAACAUGGUGGAAUACCUCUCAUACCGACGCCUGGAGGAGCUCUAUAAUACAGUGGCGGGCAACUCCCUCCUCAACAGCUUCCUUCAGAAGAAGAAGGAGGAGAGGAGGUCCUCGCAAGGGGGCAAGGAGUCCGUGCUGCUGCCCGACAACCCGAACCUGAGCGAGGCUCAGCAGAGUUACACGCUCCUCGAGGUGCUGAAGGUGCUGAAGGACCUGAUGGGAGACUUUUGCGAGCCCAUGUAUGGACAACUCUUCAAGCAGGCUGACUCUCAGAGGAACAAGCCAGUUCUGAAACCUCAGGAGCUCUCCUAUCAGAUGAGAAAAUGUGCCACUCCUUGGACAGACCUCUUCAUCUGGGCAGUCCUGCAAAGCCGCGAUGAGAUGUCCACCUACUUCUGGGAAAUGGGUGGAGAGUCAGUAUCUUCUGGUCUUGUGGCCUGCAGAAUCCUGAGGGAAAUGGCUCGAUACCAGCCGGAAGCAGAGGGAGCCCAACUCAUGAAGGAGAUGGCAGCAAAGUUUGCUCAACUGUCACUAGACGUGUUCAACCAAUGUUACCGUCACAACGAGAAGCGUGCAUUCCGGCUGCUGGUGCGGCAGUGCCCACUGUGGGGCAGUGCCACCUGCCUACAGCUCGCCAACGAGGCUGAUGCCCGGAAUUUUCUUGCUCACGACGGAGUGCAGGCCCUGCUGAAUCAGAUCUGGUGGGGGGAGAUGGACAGGAACACAGAAACCUGGAAGCUGUGCAUCGCCUUCUUCUGCCCACUUUUCAUAUACAGCAACCUCAUCAAGUUCAGCAACAGCAGAGAAGAACACAUGACAGAGAAGAGCAUGUCUGAUCUGGACAGUAUUGACGGUGAUUUAUUGCUUCACAAAUCUGACGUCUAUCAUGACAGUGAAGCUGAUGUCAGGGUGUCGUCUGGCAACAAGCGGCCAUUUUGGAUGAUUCGAUGGAAGCAGUUCUGGGGAGCUCCUGUCACCUCGUUCUUUGGAAAUGUCAUCAUGUAUUUUGCUUUCCUGUUCCUCUUUGCCUACGUCUUGAUCCUGGAUUUGCCUCUGAAGAAUUCUUCGAUAGCGGAGCUCAUCCUGUACUUCUGGGUCCUCACACUUGCCUUCGAGGAGAUCCGACAGACCUUCUUUGUCAGCGUGAACAUCCCCUUGAGGAAGAAGGUGAAGUUGUAUUAUCAGGACAUGUGGAACAAGUGUGACGUUCUGGCCAUCCUCAUGUUCAUCGCCGGGGUCGUGGGCAGGAUGACCAGCUCGUGGUCCGAGGUGGGCCGGGUCAUUCUCUGCCUCGAUUUCAUGGUCUUCUGCUUUCGGCUGGUUCACAUCUUCGCAGUCCACAAGGAGCUGGGGCCAAAGAUCAUCAUCGUUGGCAAGAUGAUCAAAGAUGUGUUCUUCUUUCUCUUCUUCCUGGGGGUUUGGUUGAUGGCGUACGGAGUGGCCACCCAGGGCCUCCUGUAUCAUAUUGAGACCCGUCCCAGUUGGAUCUUUCGCAGGGUCUUCUACCGACCCUACCUGCAGAUCUUCGGCCAGAUUCCUCUCGAUGAACUGGACGCGACCCGUUUUCCAUCCAGGUGCCCGGAUAAUCUCACCGAGGGCUCAGAGGAGGAACUGUCUACUUGCACCAACGCCUAUGCCAACUGGUUGGUCAUCCUGCUCCUGACCAUCUUCCUCCUGAUCGCCAACAUCCUGCUAGUCAAUCUGCUCAUCGCCAUGUUCAGCUACACCUUCAACAAAGUCCAGGAGAAGAGUGACAUCUAUUGGAAAUUCCAACGCUACAAUCUGGUCGUGGAAUAUCACAAGCGGCCCGCACUUGCUCCUCCCUUCAUAAUCCUGAGCCACAUCCACAUCUUCAUCAAAAGAAACAUCCGGAAGGUCCCCACGGUGAAGGGCAGACUCUUCAUAACAGACCUAUCGGAGGCAGUGGCCAAUAGAUUGAUGACGUGGGAGGCGGUGCAGAAAGAGAACUACCUACUGUCCCGCAACCGAAUUAAACGAGAGAGCAACAUGGAACGGCUGAAGAGGACCGCGCAAAAGGUUGACAGUGUUCUGAGUUACAUCACUGACACCAGGGAGCAUGACCGGCGGCUGAAGGUAAUCGAGAAACAGAUGGAUUAUUGCACCGAAGCCUUCCAGUGGUUAGCGGAAUCCCUGCUGCAAAGUGACCUCAUCAGGAAUGCCAGAGCCCCACCCACAUUUACAGACCCUUCAGCGAAAAAGGACAGCAGGCCGUAGCGAUUCAAAAUGAGAACUGCCUCAGCAAUGCUAGCCCGCACCGUGAAUAUCACAAUCCUUCACUUUGCCUUCCAGUUGUGGACGACAAGCCAAGAGUAACUUCAGGUCCUGUGGGAGGGAGUCUCUGGAGCUAAUGAUCCCAAAUGGCAUCUUCUUUCUGAAGUUGGAAGCCCGCAGUUGUAAUUGAAAUUUUAUUAUGUUCUGUACCCAUGGGGCAGAGAAAUGGUGCCAGUUCUCAAUGCUCGAAAAAAGAGGCAGUAUAAAGACAAUGGGCAAAUGUGUCCUCCCUACAUCAUUUGACUCUGUACAGGUGUUUAAUCUUGGAAUUUUCUUUUGACCAACUGGAAUGAAAUACACUGAAAGUCCUGACAAUUUAACCCUUUGAGUGAUGGCAGAUUCCAGACAUUUCCAGUUUCCCUGUUUUUGUUCGGUUCUGCUCUUUGUUACAACCGUGAAGGUUAUAGGAUUAGUAUGUUUUAGGUUUAUAUCUUUUGAUUUAUUAGGUUAUCAUGGUGUUACACCUCACUGGGCUGAAAACCAGCCAUUUCAAACUGAUCACAGAAGUUAAGGUAUUUAAAAAGCAUGCAGAAAUUGCCCAGAUAACCUGACUUCAGACCCAGCUCAGAGAAAGCACAGAUCAGAUUCCUGUCCUUAAUGAAAAUUGCUAUUUAUUACAGAUAAUUAGAUUGCAGCUACAAUAAUGAACCAUCGACAUUUAACUCUACCAGUUAAAACUCUAACCGUCUUAUAAACUCCCCCUCUAUACACACAUACUCUCUCUCUCUCUCUCACACACACACACACACAUUCACACACACACACUC